GAACAUUUAUAGAGAUAUAAACAUUUGAAGUUUACAUUUUAAUUGUUCGGCAAGCAGUCUGGCAACGCUCUGCUGAUGCAACCAACAUUAGACCACAAUACAUGGAUCGCUCGGUAGGCAAUAGAAAAUAGAAUAGCGUAAAUUAAAAACAACAUGUGGUGCUUUAAAACAGUGACACAAUUACUUAAAACUGGGGCAGCAUCUGCCAAUGUGAAUUACAAUUGUGUCGCCGGCCUCAAGUAUUUUCCUCCGCCAAUCAAAUAUGAAAAUAUUGAGAAAGUGGAGCGACCCAAGUUGCGCAUCAUGGAGCGCAUGCCACAGCAUCCGCCCAAUCUGCGGCCACCCAAAAUGCAAAAGCGAUUGCGUUACAUGCGAGGUCCGGAGCUCGUUCACAAUCAAUUGCUGCACAAACAAUACGCGAUCGUGGCCACUGGUGGUGGACGUUUGCGUUGGGGCCACUACGAAAUGAUGCGUCUAACCAUUGGUCGCAAAAUGAACGUGAACACAAUGUUUGCCACCUGGCGUGUCCCAGCUCCGUGGCAGCCCAUCACAAAGAAGGGCCAGGGACAACGCAUGGGUGGUGGCAAAGGCGCCAUCGAUCACUAUGUGACGCCGGUGAAGGAGGGCCGAGUUAUCGUCGAGAUCGCCGGCCGAUGCGAGUUCAUCGAAUGCAAGGGCUUCCUACAGCAGGUGGCCAAUCAACUGCCAUUCAAAGCAAUGGUUGUCUCCCAAGAGAUGUUGGACCAAAUGCGCGACGAUGAGGAGAAACUGGCGCGCGCAAAUCAAAAUCCCUUCACCUUAAAAUACGUUAUACAAAACAAUCUGAAUGGUUGCCAUCGAUGGCUCUCGCCUGUGGAUCACAAAUGGUUCGGAAAGCAUUUAUAGAGAUCCAUUUUUAACGUUGAAUUCUUAAAAACUUACGAGCGUGUUUUGUUAUAAAUAAAUGCACGGAUGUGUUCUAUAUUUGUUA